AUGCCAAAUGGCCACAAAACAAGAACCGGAAAGAAAGUAAAACGCACAACACCGAAAUAUAAAAGGCAAACAUUGAAAGUACGCCGCGCUCAACUGGAAGCUUCGCAGUGGAAGUAUCUGAACGGCUACGAUAUGCCAUGUGAACUUCUGGCAAAGAAAAUGGCUGACAAAAAUCAGUACUACACACAGAACGCUGAAAUGAGAAGUCUCGGAUGCGCAAUGAUCAUGAUCUCGUUUGAUGACGAAGAUGGUGCUGUCGUAUUCAAAGUUGAUCCAGCUGGGUACUACCGUGGAAUGAAGGCUGUUAGGCUUUAUCUCGGUUCGCGCUUCGUCGUUUCUCGAAAGACGAUUAAAGAAGAAGCUCAGAUUAAUCCGAUGAGACGAUUCAACUUGCUAUCGAAGCCGCUUCAAAGCAGUCUUGGAAUCGAAACUCGCUCGAAGGAUCUCGAAGUGGUGGUGGUAUCGAAGAAGGAUCAAAGCUUCAAGAAACUGACGAAUGACCAAGUCGAUCAUCACCUCAAUGCUAUUGCGAACAGAGACUAA